AUGUCUAUCACGUAUGUUCCGAGAGUAACUCAGCUAGAUUCGGUACAAUUGGAUGGCCAAGUGGAAGAGCUGUUUAAACAAUUAUUAUUCAAUGCCACAAAAUUCCUAGAGCCUGGAAUAUUACAACCAAUUUUACCGGAACUUGAACUUUUACUACGAACUUGGAUAUUUAAAUACUCAUUAUGUGAUAAAAACUGUACAUUUGGACAAGAAAUGCUGUCCUUAAAAUAUAACAAUAGCAAUAUUUCAAAAAGUAAACUUUAUUGGUUCAUUCAAACUGGAAAACAUCCUUUAUUAAUAGAUUUCAUCCUGGGUCUUGAAUUGACAGCUGAUAAACUUGCAAGGGAAGAUCUUACUGAUCUUUCAUGGACUCGUGAACUUCUGUGGCAUAAUCUUAUUGAGUUAAUUGGUACAGCAAUAUCAUUGAUAAAUUUAUUUGGAUUAAAGAGAAGAUUAAGCAAUAUAUUGAAAUAUGUUUGGUGGCGUAAGAACGUGUGUGCUAUUAGCAAUUUAGGAUCACCCAUAAUGACAUUAAACACAAUUUGUGCUUACUGUUCUAAUAAACCAGUCCUACCUCAUAUAAUGGGUUGUUCACAUAUUUUCUGCUACUACUGUUUAAUGGCUAACAAGACCGCUGAUCCAGAUUUUGUAUGUCCAAAAUGUUAUUAUAAUGGGAAAAAUGUAUUUAAAUUUAUUAUGCCAUGA